GGGGAGGCCACGGGGGGUCCGGGACCCGUGGCCCUCGGGGACCCGUCCUCUCGCUGGCCCGCGUCCGCCCCAUCGCCUCGCCCUCUGCCUGCAGUCUGGCCUCACUGCGGCCCACGCCCAGGAGAUGAACACGGCCAUCGUGAACUUCGGCGAGGCGCACAACACCCUCAUCCAGAACAAAGAGGACUACAUGACCAGCCAGAUGACCAGCUGGCAUGCCUCUUUCUUCAACAAGCACCGGGAGAGGCAGUACAACCGCAACCGCCAGCGGAUCAUGGACAUAAAGAAGGCACGUCUCUACAUAUUCCUGUGUGAGAGCACGCCAAGGCGGUUGUGCAUCAGUUGCCUCUGCAGCAUUCCGACUUUGUGACACUCUCGAUUUACAGGGCUGAGCUACAGGGGUGAAGGUGUCAAGAGUGCACCCUUGCAAGAGCAGUUCGGGACUCCAGCCAGCAUGUUGGAGACAGGAGGAGUCCAGCUCUUGAAAGGACUCGUGACCUCGCAACCCAGGGCAGCAACGGAUUCGUCACG